CUGACGGACAACCAGAUGCAAGACAACAAGACUUUCAUGUCCAUGAUCAACAAUGUGCUGCACACAGACGGCUUCUACUUUGCAACGGACUACGACCUGACACACACUCUGCAGCGCCUGGCCAACACCAGCCCCGAGUUCCAGGAGAUGAGUCUUCUGGAGAGGGCAGAUCAGCGUUUUGUCUGGAACGGACAUCUGUUGAGAGAAUUCCUUGCACAGCCAGAGGUACACAAGUUUGUGUUUCCUGUUAUCCAUGGCUUCAUCGACAUGCGGUCAAGCUGCAUCAAUGGGAAGGUGUUCGAGUGGAGCAUCAUCUCCAGGAGGAGCUGCUUCAGAGCCGGGGUCCGCUACUACGUCCGAGGCAUCGACUCUGAAGGCCAUCCUGCUAACUACGUGGAGACGGAGCAGAUCGUUCAGUUCAACAGCUCCAAGGCUUCUUUUGUUCAGACCAGAGGCUCCAUCCCCUUCUUCUGGUCCCAGAGGCCCAACCUCAAGUACAAGCCCAAACCACAGAUCAGCAAAACAGUGAACCACUUGGACGGGUUCCAGAGACACUUUGACUCGCAGGUUAUUCUCUAUGGAAAACAAGUCAUUUUGAACUUGAUCAACCAAAAGGGCUCAGAGAAGCCGCUGGAGCUGGCCUUCGACAAGAUGGUGGCCGACCUGGGAAACGGCAUGGUCAAGUACAUCGCCUUUGACUUCCAUAAGGAGUGCAGUCGGAUGAGGUGGCACCGCCUGCAGAUCUUGUUGGAUAUGGUCGCUGAGAUGCAGGAUGAACUUGGAUACUUCCUGGUGGAUGCAGAUGGGAAGGUGUUGCUGCAUCAGGACGGCACGUUUCGCAGCAACUGCAUGGACUGCCUGGACCGGACUAACGUCAUCCAGAGCAUGCUGGCCCAGCGCGCCCUGCAGUCACAGCUCCGGAAAAUGGGAGUCCUCCACGUCGGUCAGCAGAUCGAAGAGCAGGUGGCCUUUGGGAAGAUGUUCAAGAAUGCCUGGGCAGACAACGCUGAUGCCUGUGCCAAGCAGUACGCUGGCACUGGAGCCCUGAAGACUGACUUCACCAGGACAGGGAAGAGGACUCAUUGGGGGCUGGUGAUGGACGGCUGGAACUCCAUGAUCCGAUAUUACAAGAACAACUUCUCUGAUGGAUAUAGACAGGACUCCAUUGAUCUGUUCCUAGGCAACUAUGCUGUGGAUGAAUCUGAUUGGACCACUCCGCUGCGUGAGCCCAAAGACUGGAAGUUCUUGACGUUGCCUAUCGUCAUGGUGGUAGCUUUCUCCAUGUGCAUCAUCUGCCUGCUGAUGGCUGGUGAAACGUGGACGGAGACCCUGGCCUACGUGCUGUUCUGGGGGUCUGCCAGCGUGGUGACCAGCGGCCUCAUCCUCUUUAACGGACCCGACUUUGUAGAUGCUCCAAGGCUGGUCCAGAAGGAGAAGCUGGACUGAAUGUGUGUGUGUGGAAAGCAGCUCGGCCCCAGGGAGCUCACCACCUCCCCCCCCGGCUCUUCAGCAUUACUUUACCCCCAGCAUGAGCGAGGCUGGAGCCUGUACUGACGGGGGGAGUGGGGGAGAGUGCUGGGACGCAGGGCCAUCCUCGUGCACGACUAAGUGGAGGGACAGAGACUGAGUGCACGAGCCGCUGCUGUCCACACUGCAGCUGCUGUCACGUGGACAGGACUGUCUGUCCACCCUUUUACUGGACACUGGACCUCGGGACGUUUGAUUGUCCCUCAUUUCAGAGAAACGUUUGCAUUUAAAUAGCUUCACUGGGAUCAGAUUCAUACGGAAAAUAAUUAGGGCCACGUAGAUGUCUUUUUAGAUCUGACAAAAAGUGAUUGUUUUUUCUUUAGUUAUAAGAUUAAAGUCAUAAAUCUGGCUUGUUUUCUGAAAAUCUCACACAUUUUAAGAAAAAGUCAAAAU